AGAACCUUCAAAAGGUUAAAUCUUUUCUUUAUUUCGUCUCUUAAGAAUAAUAAACGUUAGAAUAAACGUUAUCCUUGAACCAUUACACCCUAGUGAAUUAGUGGAGUAUUCUUUAUCUCCAACAACCCAGGUUUUCAGGUUUUGUAAGCUCGUUCCAUCUCAAUUCUCUGCCUUUUUACUGAUAAGUUCGUUUAUCUUCCUUUCCAUUUCUAUUUUUCAAGUAUUGGCUCUGGGUAGUAUCGUUUGAUAACUUGCGAUCUUAAUUCCACUUAAUUUGUACUGAGUUAUCCUAAAUGACUAUAAUGGCAUCAAGUUUUGUAACCAUGUCAUCUGUUGGAUCUUUGAUAUCUGUGGGAAGUCACUCAAAUGAAAAGAAAAGCAUUAGCUCAUUUCACAAACUAUCUUCUUUGGAUUGUAUAUCAUCAACUUUCUCAAAAGGCAAUCAAAAUUAUGUAGUACCAAGAAAAAGGUAUUCGUUUAAGAUCAACGCAGCAACGAAAGAAUUGCAUUUCAAUAGAAAUGGUGCUGCUAUUAGGAAACUACAAGCUGGAGUAAAUAAGCUUGCAGAUGUGGUGGGUGUUACUUUGGGUCCUAAAGGCAGGAAUGUGGUUUUGGAGAGCAAAUAUGGCUCCCCCAAAAUUAUUAAUGAUGGUGUAACUGUUGCCAAGGAGGUUGAGCUUGAAGAUCCUGUUGAAAACAUCGGUGCUAGUCUUGUAAGACAAGCUGCUUCUAAAACUAAUGAGUUAGCUGGUGAUGGGACUACUACCUCUGUUGUUUUAGCUCAAGGUUUAAUUGCUGAAGGUGUAAAGAUUGUAUUAGCUGGAGCAAAUCCUAUUCAAAUAGCCAAAGGGAUUGAGAAUACUACAAAAGGCUUAGUAUCAGAGUUGAAGUCGAUGUCGAAAGAGGUUGAAGACAAAGAACUUGCAGAUGUGGCUGCUGUUAGUGCAGGAAACAAUUAUGAAAUCGGGAACAUGAUUGCUGAUGCCAUGGGCAAAGUGGGGCGCAAGGGUAUUGUGACUCUUGAAGAAGGAACAAGUGCUAGCGACAGCUUGUAUGUGGUUGAAGGAAUGCAAUUUGACCGUGGCUAUAUAUCACCAUACUUCGUCACUGAUAGUGAGAAAAUGGUUGUUGAAUACGAAAAUUGUAAGUUGCUCUUGGUUGAUAAAAAGAUUACAAAUGCAAGGGACCUGGUCAAUGUCCUGGAAGAUGCAAUUAAGAACAACUACCCCGUUUUGGUGAUGGCGGAAGAUAUAGAGCAGGAACCUCUUGCCACACUAGUUGUUAACAAACUCCGAGGAUCACUGAGGAUUGCUGCAAUGAAGCAACCAGGUUUUGGAGAUCGGAAACACCAAUACAUCGAUGAUAUUGCAAUCCUUACCGGAGGAACUGUGAUCAGAGAUGAGGUAGGUUUGUCUCUGGACAAAGUUGGUAAAGAGGUGUUGGGACACGCUGCCAAAAUUGUGCUCAACAAGGAGACAGCAACUAUUGUUGGUGAUGGAACUACCCAAGAAGCUGUCGCUAGGAGAAUUGCCCAGAUUAAGAAGCAAGUGGAGGAAGCAGACUCCGACUAUGAGAAAGGCAAACUGAAUGAAAGAAUUGCAAAACUUUCCAGUGGAGUUGCAGUCAUUCAGGUUGGAGCACGAACUGAGACUGAGCUGAAAGAACGGAAGCUUAGAGUCGAGGAUGCUCUUUGUGCAACAAAGGCAGCUGUAGAGGAAGGUAUAGUCGUUGGUGGAGGAUGUACCUUGCUACGUCUCUCAACUAAAGUCGAUGCCAUUAAGGAAACUCUAGAAAACAAUGAACAAAAGCUUGGAGCCGACAUUGUUAAACGCGCGCUUAGUUAUCCUCUGGACCUGAUUGCCAAGAAUGCAGGAGUACACGGAGCUGUCGUUAUAGAAAAGGUGCUCUCUAAUGAUGACCCAAGAUUCGGAUACAAUGCUUCAACAGGAAAAUACGAGGAUCUGAUGUCUGCUGGAAUCAUUGAUCCUGCCAAGGUCGUAAGGUGUUGCUUGGAGCAUGCUGCAUCCGUAGCAAAGACAUUCCUCACAUCUGAUGCCGUGGUUACCGAGAUCCCAGAGCCAGAACCUGCUCCAAUUGCAAACCCAAUGGACAACUCUGGUUACGGGUUAUAAGUUCCGGAUACCGAAUACCAUGGAAACAAUCUUCAACAGUAAUCAAUGUAACUAUGAGUGCAGAAUUUUCAACAAUAUUGCGAAAUAAUUAGGAUGGAAGAUUAAACAGAAUAUGAGCAGUGUAACGAUGACGAAGUGAGAAUCAAGAUGUAUCUCUGGUUUUUUUUUUUCACAUUUUGUUGAGCAAUUUUGUGGUAAUUAGCUGUAAGAGUAAGCUCUGAUUUAGGCUGAUAGUAUCCCAAUUUUUGAGUAUGAAUGAUUAUUUCCACUAUUGUUUCUUUCUAACAAGUAGUAUUUUGGACAAAA